AUGAAAUAUGCAAUAGGCAUAAGAGAUCACUAUAGAAAAUAUCGAACUAGAAACUACGCAAAAGAUCUUGAUCAAAUUCAUGAAGAUAUAAAGAAAGUUAAAGAACAUGGAGAUGAGAUUUUGAAAAUACAAGAUUGGAAUGAAGACUUACCAGGAUUAGGACAAUUUUAUUGUAUACCUUGUGCUCGACAUUUCAUUAAUUCCGAAGCCCAUAAUGAACAUCAACGUGGCAAGAAUCAUAAAAAACGGGUUAAACUUCUUAAAGAAAUUCCUUAUACACAAGCGGAAGCAGAAUCCGCCGUUGGCUAUUCAACAGAACAUUCAAGGGAAAAAUCAAUCGGUGCUAUCAUAAAUAGUAAUUGA